GGUAACUCCAUAACAUUUAUGAGCUUCUCGUAAACUAGGACACCCACUGGCACCUUUAGGCCUAAUUCUAUGGAAUGUAGAAAACAGAUCGGUAAGGUGGAAGUGAGAACAGACUAAAGUGACUUUGGGAUAGAAAUAAAAUGCCAGAGAUUAAGCUGAAAUCGGGCAGUGAGGGAGAUGACACUCACUUGCGUGUGAUGGACAUCGAUGGCUACUAUAUUCCAACCUUUCCUAUUCAGGACCACGAGAAACACUUCCGGUCAAUGCCAGGCUGGAAAGCCCGCGACGAUGACGUCAUAAUCAGCGCCUACCCAAAAGCCGGAACACACUGGUUAUGGGAAGUCGCCAGCAUGCUGGUACGUCAGAAAGCAGAACGUAUUCCAGAAAUAAAAGAGACCGCUAUGAUGGAGGGUCUUACAGAGGCCACGUUCGACAAUCUGGCGUCUCCCAGGGUCAUGAACACUCAUAUUUACUUCAAGUAUCUACCCAGGGACCUCUUUGAUAAGAAGUGUAAAAUUCUGUACAUCAUUAGAAAUCCAAAAGAUAUUGCUGUUUCAUUUUACAACCAUCACAAGAAACUUUUAGAGUACGAAUUUGACGGAGAAUGGGAGGAUUACAUCAAACGGUUUUUAAAAGGAAAAGUUGAUUACGGGUCCUGGUUUGACUACACUCUAGAGAUGGAGAAGUUCAUAGAAGAAAACCCAGGUUACCCUAUCCAUACAAUGUAUUACGAAGAUAUGAAGGAGGACAGCAUUAAGGAAAUAAAACGUUUAGCAGACUUCUUGAAUGUGGAAGUGAGUGAGGAGUUGGUCACGCAGAUUAACAGUCUCUGUCAGUUUGAUAAAAUGAAAAAGGAGAAAAACUCGGGGGAGGAUCCAUCAGAAUGGAGAGACAACAACCCAGGGAUGUAUAGGAAAGGACAAGUUGCAGAUUGGAAGAAUUGGUUCACAGUCGCCCAGAAUGACAUGUUUGACUCUAUUUACAAGGAAAAGAUGAGCCAUUCAAAAAUCCAAGUCAGAUUCUCUAUCUGAAUACAUUGUACAUUAUCCAUGCAUAUAUAAUUAUGCCAUAAUAUUCUAGAUUUGUUUAAAUAUGAAGAAUGCGUAGCUUUCCAAAAAAAAAACUACCAAAGAAAAAAGCGAACUAAAUGUAAGAUAUAAAAUAACAAAUACUCAAAAAAUUACAAUAGAAUAACAACGAAAUUUAUACUUGUAAGGUUUGGUUGUUGAACAACGUAACAGGAAUGUAUGAACUUUUUCACCUAAAUGACUUGCAAUGCCUCUAGCAUAUUUUGUUGUGUUAGUAAAAUGCUCUGGAAAUAUACUCUCUUACAGUAGGGGAUUGUGAAGGAGGUUGAUUUGUUUUGUUUUGUUGAAAUAGAGCUCUCAUAGUGCCCUCUUAUAACGAAGCUUUGAAAUACGUUCUAUUACAUAGUGAUCAGUGGGCUGGAGUUUUAAGCAAGUUGCAUUAAUAUACAGGUAUUUCUCAUUAGUAUUUUAGCAUUUUACAAUCCACGAUACCUGUACUAUGUCAGUAUGGUGAUUUUGAUUGUAGGUUAUGAAUGUAUUCAUUUUUAUACACUGCAUUUAGCAUUUAUAUUCAGCUAUG